AUGUUCUUCAAGACGCUUUGCAUCUUCUUCGUUGCGCCUCUCAUUUCCAGCGUCGUGGCUGGCAAUGCUAUGGGCAGAUUCGCGACGGACGACAACCAGGUCGGCCGCUACUGCAACCGCAACAAUCCUCCGCAGGGUCGCUUCGUAUGCUUCCAGUACAAUGGCAAUAUUCGAGACGGCAUGACCUCGACCGAUGCCUCGAUGCAUGGAUACGUCAAUUCGGCCGGAACAAGUAAGUCGAAAAGCCUCAAUACAGUCGCGCUUUGGGUUGUAUGUGCUGACAGAAGAGCGAGUGUAGGGUUUGUGGUGAUGUUCGAUGGCCCGACCGAGGCGUUCAGCACCGGAAGGAUGGACGUUGUCAUUAGCAACAGCAACCCGUGUCUGGAGGUCAGCACGCUUGACAGCGGCGGAGACAGCAGGGAGUACCAGGGCUGUUCCUACAGCCCUCCCAUCUGGGUCUACUAG